CGGUCGUGUGGCACGCUCAGCCUGCGGCAGCCUGAAACAUCUCGUGCAGCGGGAACGCGCACGGUUGCCUGCCGGACCUGCCCAAUCCGGACGAAUCACUGGGCGUUUCGUUUGCCUCACGCCCCUCCCCUACAACAUCACCCCUGGACUUCGCUGUUGUUGGAUGGAACACUAACCGUCUGUCACAACCGUCCCAUUCACUCGUUUCAAACUAGGUGAGGCCUGUCAUUCACCCGAGCGAAGCCUUCAAUAGCCACACCCCCGCAUUCAGCGCGAUGCAACGAAUGCACGCAACAUAAGACACGACCUCGCUGCAUCCGGUGAAUGCCAAGCCGUCGACCUCCUUCCCGCUCACUUCGUUUGUUCCCAGCACACUCUUUGUCUGCACCACCACCGUCAAUUCGGCACAAAGCCACGUCACACAAACAAAGCCCCCAACACAACCCCAUUGUUGCCCUCCCAUUCACUCUCUCCUUUGCAUUAAAUCUUCUUGGCCGCCUGAGUCUGUCUCGACGACACUUCUUUCGGCAAUCCUACGCACUUUCUUCGUCCAGUCUUUACCUCCAAGCACCACACCACCCACAUCAACCUCAUCGCUGGCCGGUGAGACCACCUUUCAAACUCAAAGACCGGCCACCCCACUCCGCAAGCGCAACCAUGUAUCUUCCGGCCAUCGCCUUCGUGACUCUGGCUGCCGCUGCGCCCGCCUCGAUUCUGGUCCGCACUCCCGUCAACGUUGUCGCCGCCCCUUCAUGCAACACGCCCGGUCAGCUGCUGUGCAAUGGGCAGAACCAGUGGGGACUCUGUACGGUCGCUAACUCCAUCGUCUGGAUGGCGACCGCUGCUGGAACCUCGUGCGACUGCUCAGCCGGUGACUGUGGCAUCGUCAAUGACGACGACCUCUCCGCUCCGAGCUCUUCGCCGAGCGGGAAUGCCUCGACUUCGACUUCAGCUCCAGCACCCACCCAGACCUCGCCUCCAGCCUAUUCCACUCCCGCAUCGCCUCCGUCCUAUUCCACUCCCACAUCAACUUCCUCCUACCCAAGUGCCGCUUCCACUUCUUCCUCAGCCGCGGCGCCUUUGCCUUCCGGCACGGGCUCGCAUUACACACAAUUCAACGGCGACGGAUCUCCCCAGGAUGGCUGGCCCACCAUGAGCGACUGGAUCGCCUUCGAUGACCUGUUCACAGCGUACGAGCCGAUCAUGGGCCAGACCUGCACGUCCGCCUUUGGCGUUCCAAAUACACCCGCAUCGUCGCUGCCGGUGCUCCAAGCCGCCCUUCUAAGUGAAUCGCAGGCCGCAGGCAUUCCGCCUCAGUUCGCCCUCGCGAUUAUGAUGCAGGAGUCCCUGGGAUGUGUCUUUGUCGACACCACGAACAACGGGGUCGUCAAUCCCGGGCUGUUCCAGGAUCAUGACGGCAACGCAACUUGCUACCAGCAACCCACCUGCCCCCCCGCCCAGAUUCAAGCAAUGGUCCAGCAGGGCGUGAGUGGAACCUCGAGUGGCGCGGGGCUGCAGCAAUGCGCUACCCAAGCUCCCGGCACUGGAGCUCAGCGAUUUUACCAGGCGGCUCGAAUUUAUAAUAGUGGCAGCUUGCCGGCGGGUGGCAAUCUGGGCGACGCUCUCGGCUCGACUUCCUGCUAUGCUUCGGACAUUGCCAAUCGACUCAUCGGCUGGACUAGUGGAGUGAGUCAGUGUACCCUGUAACGCGGAUUUGAUGAUGAGCAUGGCGAUGAGAGGGUAUGGAAAUGAUGAUGAUUAACGAGUGUCGCAUCUUCGAGUCUCUGCCGAGCUGUGCGGGCAUGGUUGCGGUAGAAGAGCGAGGUCUCCACGGAGGGAGAGCGAGCGCCAGAGGCUCAACUCUUCAACGUCUCUGGAGGAAUUGAGCGUGUAGACAGAAGCGCCAGCGUGCGAGUGAACUUCAAUGAUUCCACUCUCCCACUCCACGUUUGCAUCACUUCUAGGCCUUUCAGUAUUUUCUUGCGCUUCACUCCGAGGGCGAUUGAUGUGUUGUCCGGGUUUAAGGUUUCGGAAGGCGCCGAAUCGUUGCCAAGCCCCACCC